UGAUCAUAUUCCAAUCCCAUCAAUAUUAUUUCCUCAGCUAGCUCUACCGAAUCCUCUCUCUCUCUCUCUCUCUCUCUCUCUCUAUAAAACCUCCGAUAACGUUUGCAUACAACAACAGACAACAGACACUGAUCUAAAAAAUGGUUGCCGAGUCUAGUACCAGCAGUACUGCUGGUAUUAGCAGUUACCCCAUCAAAACGGUUGUCGUUUUGGUGCAAGAGAACCGCUCCUUUGACCACAUUCUGGGGUGGAUGAAGUCCCUCAACCCGGAGAUCGACGGCGUAACCGGCUCCGAAUCCAACCCGAUAUCCACGUCCGACCCGGAAUCCAACCGGGUAUUCUUCCGCGACGGCUCGGCCUACGUCGACCCGGACCCCGGCCACUCCAUCCAGGCAAUCUACGAGCAGGUCUUCGGCGAGCCGUGGACAGAGGAAUCCGCCGCCAAAGCCCUAGCUCCGAAGAUGGAGGGUUUCGCGCAGAACGCGGAGAGGACGCAGGAGGGCAUGGCGGAGGUCGUGAUGAGCGGGUUCAGGCCGGAGGCGGUGCCGGUGUACCGCGAGCUCGUGUCGGAGUUCGCGGUGUGCGACCGGUGGUUUGCGUCGCUUCCGUCUUCGACGCAGUCUAAUAGGCUGUACUUGCACUCGGCGACUUCGCAUGGGUUGACUGGGAACGACACAGAGCAGCUGAUUAAAGGGUUUCCUCAGAAGACCGUAUUUGAGUCGUUGGAUGAAGAUGGUUACUCUUUUGGGAUUUACUAUCAGCAGUUUCCGAAUUGUUUUUUUUACAGGAACCUUAGAAAACUAAAAUACACAAACAAGUUCCAUCAAUUUGAUCUCCACUUUAAGAAGCAUUGCAAGGAAGGCAAGCUACCAAACUAUGUGGUGAUCGAACCAAGGUACUAUGACCUAUUAUCAACACCUGCAAACGAUGAUCACCCAUCUCAUGAUGUCUCGGAAGGACAGAGGUUUAUCAAAGAAGUCUAUGAAGCUCUUAGAGCAAGCCCUCAGUGGAAUGAAAUCUUUUUCCUCAUUCUAUACGAUGAGCAUGGCGGAUUCUAUGAUCAUGUUCCAACUCCGGUCACCGGAGUUCCUAGCCCCGAUGAUAUUGUCGGUCCAGCUCCAUACAAUUUCAACUUCGAUCGUCUUGGUGUUAGGGUUCCGGCCAUCCUUAUAUCUCCUUGGAUAGAACGAGGAACAGUGCUGCAUGGGCCUUCAGGGCCGAAUGCUUCAUCAGAAUUCGAGCAUUCCUCGAUUGCAGCAACAGUUAAAAAGAUUUUCAACUUGAAAAACUUCUUGACAAAGCGUGAUGAAUGGGCUGGAACAUUUGAAAGUGUCUUCCUAAGCAGAACCAUUCCAAGAACAGAUUGUCCAGUAACUUUGCCAGAACCCAUAAGACUACGUGAAGCUGAUCAAGCAAAAGAAGACGCUCAUGUCAGCGAGUUUCAAGCAGAGUUGGUGCAAAUGGCGGCGACAUUAAAUGGCGACCAUAACAAAGACGUUUAUCCUCACAAAUUGGUGGAUAACUUGACUGUUUCUGAAGCUGCUAAGUAUUGUGACGGUGCGAUUAAGUUAUUCUUGGAUGAGUGCGAGAAAGCCAAGCAAAGUGGAGUUGACGAGUCACAUAUUGUCGUUUGUAGUGCGAGCCCAGUGCCGGCACCAAAACGACAGAAUUCGCCUAAGUCGUUUGCUCAGAAGAUCUUUUCUUGUUUGAUAUGUGAUAAUUAAACCUUUUUAGUGCUUUGCUCAUUAGGUUGAAUAGCAAAUUGUUGUGAGAUUUUGUUUUGAAAACUGGCAUAGUUUAAUUUCCAUGCAUAUAUAUGUCUUAAUUGUAAUAUAUGUGUUGAUUGGAACUUAUUUUCAUUGCUA